CAUUGUCCACACAUAUGCCAUGCUGCUUAAAGGAGACCUGCCUCUUUCCUUGUAGUAAAUACGAACUACAAAAUGCACCCUCCUGUGAAACAACCCAGUCCAUUCUACAACAUUUAAUUCUUUCCAAAUAUUUGUUCAAGUCAUCUGUGGACCGCAGUUUGAAGCGACGGCAGGUGAAGCCACUUGCUGCCUCUCUCUUAGAUGCCUUGGAUUACGACAGCUCGGAUGACAGUGACUUUGAAGUUGGAGAUGCUUCAGGGUCAGAUGGCACAGGCAAUGGUAGUGAUGACGAAGGGUCCAAAGCGAGCGCUGCGGGUUCAGAAAGUGAUUCGGACAAUGCUCCUUCUGCAGACGAUGGUAUAGAUGAGGAGGAGACCAAAGAUUUGGCUGCUCAUGACAACCUAACUGAGGAUGAAGAGAAAAACAAACAGCAACCAUCGUCAGACAGCUCCACCAAAGACACUCCCACUGUCACCCCACCUAAAGGCAGACGCAAGAGUAAGAAGACGCCAGAGCCGGAGCCUGCUGCAGCUACAGGAACUGAAUCUACAUCAACAUCUGUGUCUGGCAACACAAAUGCAGAAGAGUCUCAGGCUGAGCCCAAGAAAUGGAAUUUCCGCAGAAACCGCCCCCUGCUGGACUUCACCACCAUGGAAGAACUGAAUGAGAUGGAUGACUACGACAGUGAAGACGACAAUGACUGGAGGCCUACUGCAGGAAAGAAGAAAGGCAAAGCAGCAACCCAGAAAGGAGGCACAGAGGAAGAAGAUGGUGGCAGUGCUAGUGACGAUGAUGACGAUGACAAUGAUGACGACGAUGAUGAUGACGAUGAUGAGGACGGUGAAAAGGAAGAUGGUGAUGACAACAACAACAGUAGCAGUGACAGUGACAAAGAGGUGAAGAAGCCCAAGAAGAAGACGAAGAGCAGCGCUGCUUUUGAUGAUGAACUCACCAAUGAUAGCAUGUCCCAGGGAAAGGGCAAUGAGGAUGCUUUGUUGGAUCGGUCCCAGACUUGGAGCACUCAACACAUCCUCAUUUGCUGCGUUUGCCUGGGAGACAACAGCGAGGAUGCAGAUGAGAUUAUCCAGUGUGACAACUGUGGGGUGACCGUGCAUGAAGGGUGUUAUGGCGUGGAUGGCGAGAGUGAUUCGAUUAUGAGCUCGGCGUCAGAGAAUUCGACAGAGCCUUGGUUCUGUGAUGCCUGUAAGAAUGGAGUGACUCCUAGCUGUGAGCUGUGCCCCAACCAGGAUGGCAUCUUCAAAGAGACAGAUGCCGGGAGAUGGGUACAUGUGGUGUGUGCACUUUAUGUUCCUGGAGUAGCAUUUGGAGACAUCGAUAAACUCCGGCCAGUGACGCUCACAGAGAUGAAUUAUUCAAAAUAUGGGGCCAAGGAGUGCAGUUUCUGUGAGGAUGCCCGCUUUGCCAGGACUGGUGUGUGUAUCAGCUGUGAUGCAGGAAUGUGCCGUUCCUACUUCCAUGUCACCUGUGCACAGAGGGAGGGACUCCUGUCUGAAGCUGCAGCAGAGGAGGAUAUCGCUGAUCCAUUUUUUGCAUACUGCAAACAGCAUGCCGACCGCUUUGACAGGAAAUGGAAAAGGAAGAAUUACCUGGCCUUACAGUCUUAUUGUAAGGUCUCUCUGCAGGAGAGAGAAAAACAACUUACUCCUGAAGCUCAGGCCCGAAUUACCACCCGCCUCCAGCAGUACCGGGCAAAAGCAGAGCUGUCAAGGAACACCCGGCCUCAAGCAUGGGUGCCCCGGGAGAAAUUGCCACGACCUCUGACAUCUAGUGCUUCAGCCAUCAGGAAGUUGAUGAGAAAGGCAGAACUGAUGGGCAUCAGCACCGAUAUUUUCCCUGUGGACACAUCUGAUGCUAACGCCAGCAUGGACGGACGCAGGAAACACAAGCAGCCUGCACUCACAGCAGACUUCGUUAACUACUACCUGGAGCGGAACAUGCGAAUGAUCCAGAUCCAGGACAACAUCUCCGAGCAGAAGAACCUAAAAGACAAGCUGGAGAGUGAGCAAGAAAAACUACAUGUAGAGUACAACAAGCUCUGUGAGUUUCUGGAGGAACUGCUGAAUGUAAAUGGAGAGCUGCGAGGUGAAGGCCAGGCCAUGUGGACUCUGCUGGGGGGCAUCUUGGGCCAGAAAGUAAAUACUCCAGCAAUUCUGAAAGCCCCAAAAGAGAGGAAGCCCAGCAAGAAGGAAGGAGGAACUCCAGGGAAGUCAUCCAGUCUACCAGCAAUCCUCUACAGCUGCGGCAUCUGUAAGAAAAACCAGGACCAGCAUCUGCUGGUGUUAUGUGACACAUGCAAGCUUUACUACCACCUAGGCUGCCUGGAGCCACCACUGACACGAAUGCCCAAGAAGACUAAAAACAGCUAUUGGCAAUGCUCUGAGUGUGACCAGGCCAGCAGCGAUGAAGCUGAUAUCGCCAUGGAGACCUUACCUGAUGGGACCAAGAGGUCCCGAAGACAGAUCAAAGGACCAAUCAAAUUCAUCCCACAGGAGAUGUCGCCAGAGCCCAAGAAACAUCAAGUGAGAGGCGCGGUUUGGAAACCCUGGGCCUAGACAUCUGCCGAGGACCCUGCUGGAGCUCUCAGGGAUUAAGCAGCCUUCUGAUUUUUCUCGCAGCCACAGCCGCUUGGGUGAAGCACUUCAGUGCAGCAUUUAUCUUCAAAUGCAAGGCGUGCAAUGGCAGCUGCUAAAAGGACCAUGCUUUGCAUUUUUAAUGCUUUUAGCAGGGCACCCAAGCGCUGGCACUUCUCUAAGGCCAUGUUUCAAUUUAUCAAGACUGUUUAAUCGACCUCCUGCUGGCUUUGUGUGUGUGUGCGUGCGUGCGCAUGCACGUGCGCAUAUGUGUGUGAGUGUGUGUCUGUAUGUGUUUCUGUGUGUUCAUAUGUCAGGGAAGAGCAUACUGUGUGUGCUUGCACAUACACUCUUACCUUUGGCCAAAUGGGCUAGCAUAGUUCAGUGGUACCUUGAUGAAGCAGAGAGAUGAUGCUGCUAUUCACAGUUUGUAGUAGGUAGUGUCUGCUGGAGGAAAACCUUUUAAUGUCAGCCUGUGAGCCCUGUUUAAUUUCGCAUGUACGGAAUGUCGCAGUUGUAAACCAACAAAGCACUCAGAGAGUGCAGUAUGCCGCCAAGGCUGCUCAGUCAUUGUAUGAUUUCCGACGGAUAAGUCCCAAUAAGCGGUGGAUUUGUAGUAGGAUCGCAAUCGUGAUCGUCAGUAGACAGCUGACAUAGUGUUCACUUGUCGUCAUAGUUACAGUCCCGCCGUGACGCUGUCUCGCAAUGAUACAGAAAUCUUUUUAAAAAUCCAUGAAUCAAGACUAUAAGCCGCAUCACUGCCAAAAUCUAAUCAGGUGGUCCUUGUGUCAUUUUGGACCUUCCCUGAAAAUUUCAUCCAAAUCUGUUAUUCCGUUUUUGAGUAACGUUGCACACAGAAAGACAGACAAACAGACAAAUGUACACCGAUUGUCACUGAACUCUGCUGUAUUCCUUGGCGGAGUAAUUAAUGCUCCAUUCUACAGUUUGUCUGAUUUAACACUGCCCAACUUAAAAUCGAGACUGUGAAAAACUAGUUCAAACUAAGCUUAAUGCAAGGGCAGUUCAUGAACACACACUGGCUCUGUAGCGUUGGACGCAACCAGAAUUUCCUGUAGCUAGUUUGUUCUGUCAGCAGGUUUGAAAUGUAAAUACACCACAGGUUGUACAGACAGGUGCUUGUGUGUUACCUCAGAGAAUACAUGCAGUAGAGCUCAAUCCUGUUAGAGUUACAUAGUUCAUACAGAGCAAAUAUUGCCAGACUUUAUUUAAAUUGACACCUUGCCGUAUAGGAUUCUCCUAAUUUCUUCGGCUGUUGUUAGUUGUUCAAAACAAGAUAUAGAAAAGUAAAAGGGAGGGAAUAGUUUUACAGGGUAUAUGUUUUAAUUUGAUGCAAUGAUAUCCCUAUUUUGUACCCUUAAAGCAUAUUAAGGAGAAAUGUCAAGGGAUUCAAGAGGCUAACUGAAGGUGGUGAUAAAAUACUCCCACUAAUGGGAUAUGGUUUGCUGCUGCUGGCAACUCACCACAGUGCUAACAUUAAAACCUUACACAUAAACAUAUGCCAUUAAUCAGCCGAAAAUUGUGAAAUUAAGUUAAUAUGUCUUGUUAUUACCACUUCUUAUGCUCUGUUAAUUUCUUUAAUCCUGUGUGAAAUGAUUCAUGCUUGUUAAAGAUGCACUGAUGUACUUAAUUAAAAGAUUGAUUUUGCCUGGGACUUAUAAACUGCCCACAGCUUUAAUUUCUUCACCUGAGCAGAGCCUGAGAUUAGCUUUGCUGUACUGAGUGUUUUUUAGCUGAUCCAGCUACUGAACUUCACUCUGUUCUCCCUGGCCUUAUAGAUUGCUUUACCGGCAGUAUUUUAAAACAGAAAUUAUUGAAAAAUUUUUGGCCUUUUGUUUGACGCUGCAGUUGCAGGAGAAAUGGAGGUCUGAAGGAGCCAAUUGGCAGCAUUCUUGGAGUUAGCAGUCUUAAUGAUAAGUGCUCCAUCUGGUGAGUAGUGGUGAGCCAAAGGCGACAGAUGGAAUUGUUUUCACAAUCUGUUUAAAUAUGUUGUCGAUUUUUCUUCCCAUUUAAACCUUCCCCAGCAUCAGACACUCGCUGGCUGGCAACAAGAAGGAGAUGUUUGAUUUGUAUUUCCUUUCAUGCUGUAUUAAGCCACCUGUAAGAAGGGAUCACAUUUCAGGCCUGUGAAGUAGAUGGGUAUUGUCCUGUGUCCAUCCAGUGCUGUUUUCCCUUGCACAGAAAGAAUGUGAUCGGUGUUCUGGCAUGUUCAGCAGUCAUUUUCAUUGUCACAGCAUGACUAUGUGGUAAAUAUUAUUGGUGCUGUGAGUCAAGUUGCCUUAAUGUGUAGUUUGUGAGGAGACUAGUGGUUAGGAAGUAGUGUCCCACAGUGAGGGGCGUUGUUAUAAUGUGGGGGGCAUUGUGCUGACAUAGAGGGUACUUCUCAGCCUCACCAAAAACAUGCAUUAUUUUUCAACAUCGUUUCCUUUCACUUCAAUGCACUUGGUACACUGAUGUUCAAACUUUACUAUACUUUUGCAGAAGAAGGUCACAUCUUGAGCCUCCAGAUACUCUUCAACAGCAUGGAUGACUUCAUAAUUACUCUUAAAAUGAUGACUAUGCAAGUGGGAUUUCAAUUUGGGAAACAGAAGUCAGACUUUGAUUAAGGUGUAUGGGGCAAAAUUUCAAAGCCCCCAAUCUAUGGGGCAUGAGGGAGUCACUUUACCCCCUUUUCGAUAGAGCUGGUUCCAGUUUGAGUUUGGAGCCAGUGCCUGACUUGGCAUCGUUUUUUUGUGUUUCCAUCAGCUGAGCACCGGCUUCAGGCUCCAAAAACUGGAGCUUUUUGGGCACCAACUUGUUGCUGGGCCAGAGUUGAGAACAGAGUAUGUCACGGGCUGGGUUACGGUGACCGACGAUCAACGGUGAAAACACAGAACCACCAUUUUUAAACAGCCGAGCGAGUAGUAGUAGUAGUAUUAGUGUUUGGUGGCUGUGUUCUGAAAACCGGUAAAUAUAGACACCAAAUCCAAGCAGCAGCGGUCUGAGGAGGAGACCCAGUGCUUCCUAGCUGUUAGGAUGACCGUUUUGCGGUUGGAUAAAACAGGAGGCUUGGGGCGAGAUACGAUGCAAGUCAACCUGGCGUUUCUUCACCAACAUUGACAUUAAAAGAACACAAACGGCAAAGGUGGUUAACUGGUGUGUUGUGGCACUCCUUUCCUCUCUCCCCGCUCUCACUCAACUGCCAGUUGUUAAAGGUUAUCCAAAAUAAUCAAACACAAGAAUUUCAGAAAAAUACAAUAUAGCUUUAAUUUUAACUAUGAUAACAAACAUUAAAAUUGGAUAUCCAUUUCCUAAAAAUGACUACCAACAUCCUCAUCACGCAAUAUAUUUAUUUUAUCACCUGAAGAGAUUUCUUCUAACCCUUUCCUCACCUACACUUGGUUCCUCCCGGAACCUUUAUAAAGAUGUUCCAGCACAUGGGAACUCUUUUAGCUGGAACACUUGCGGUGACAAAAGAGAGGUGAGUCAUGCCAAACUUUUCAAUUUAUACAUUCUUAAAAUAAUGCCCCAUACCCACUUCAACAGGCAUUCAGUUAUAAAUUAAGUCCAGUCACUUAAUCAUUGUACUAAAACUGUUAUUUUCUUUCUUGUCGGCCUCACCAGGGUUUUCACCCAAUGUUGCAAGGAGAAGCCACCAAACAGCACAUGCCUGCACAUGCCAGCCUCAAAACCACACUCAUUAAACCCAUAAAAACAGUCA